ACAACAGUUAGCCGGCGGAGGAAAGGGGACGGGGGUUUAGUUCAAGCUAUAAACAUGUCUAAGCGGAUGAAUCAACUUGCACCUUGAGGGCGCGGUCAUGUAACCUGGCGUCCUGGCUAAUGUCGCUACAAGUGGCCUCGGCGUACUCUCGGCUUACUUUGGGAAGACGAUACGGCCAAACGGUGUCAGAAUGUUGCGUACAGGGCGCUGACAACAACGGGCCGGCUGGUGUGUGGGAGAAUCUCUUCUCGCCGCGUUUUCCUGCAGAGUAACCGUGGGUACUGUGGGACCUGCGCAGCAGGUCGACUGUGCAAAGGCCUCCAAGGAGCCAGGGUUCAGUCGUGAUCAAACUGUGGAACCGGCGUGCUUUUGAAGAAGCUGCUAUAGACCAGCUGCUUAUUUGCAGACCGUUGAGACGUCUUCACACUCUUGAUGGAAAUGAUCAGUCUGGCUACACAACAUAAUAAGCAGUCCGUCAGUUUGUCUGACUAAUUUGUGGCAUUGAGACAACAGGGACAACACCACAAAACAGCAAGUUAUUCAGAAAUGGUCAUGCGCAGAGCUCCAGUAGCAUUUCAGGACAGUUUGCUGCCGGUUACAUUCAUCCCACACAGUUUCAUCAAGACAAGUCGGUGAAACUUUCUUGAGUUGAAAGAGCAGUCUGCUAAUAAACCCGCUCGGAAGGUGGUUGACGCUGUAAAAGGUGGUUUCAGAAACCGCACGUGGAGAGAGAACCCGCAGGAGGCGGACGCUUUGACCCCCUCUCCCCCACCAGCUGCUGCACCACCCUCCAAGAGCCUCUCUCCAAGUGCUGCGCACGUGAAGUGCCUCUGCCGCCGACGCAUGGCUCAGCCCCGCGCGCCGCGCGCUCUUUGGCGCGUGCGUGCCCCUGCGUGAAAAACCUGUGUGCAGCCGCACGUGCAUUUGUAGGUGUGUGAGCGCGUGAGCUUGACGUCUUUAAAUCAGCUGUGGACGUACAGGAUUCCCAGUACGACGUGCUACGUCAAGGCGAGACAGAGCCCGUCAGACGGUCUGAGAGAGGGAGAGACAGAGUUUGUGUUUCCGCCAACAUCCACCCUAAUCUGUUGGAGUAGCUUUGUUCGUCUGAUCAAGACACAUCGUCGAGCAGACAAGCCCUCGGUUACGCGGUUUUGAUAAGAGCAUCGGCGGAGCGACAACAGCAGCGGCGGCCGGGUGGCGAUGGCAGGUGGUGGGUGGAGUGUCCAGGGACUGUGCCUUCAGAGACGGUGGUUGUCGGUCUUCAGUGCCAUCGUGGCGGUGUUGCUGCUGACCUCUGGCCACGCACACAGUACCUGGGAUAUCACGGCCUUUGAAUACUACCGGAAGUUCCACAAGUAUUUAGACCUUGGAGAAUGCCCGCAGAGAGAAGAACUUAUCAUCACACCAGACAACAAGACACAUGUCAAGCCAGUCAGCUGCAACAUGCAUCAGAAGGGCAAUAUCACGAGCUUGAUGAGGGAGCUGAACGACACGCGCCAUGUCAUCAUUCCGACAGCCACGGAUCUGGUAGCUCACCUGGGGCUAUGUGUGGGUGAAGCGGCCUCCUACCUGGGCAUCCUGAACAACGGCGACUGCAUUGCGGUUGAAAUUGCCAGCAAACUGACCUUCAGCAGCAAGACGAUGGUGCGGGCGUACGUUGAGUACUACCGGAAGUCGCUGGACAUCCUCGACACCACGCCCUCGUUGCGCGAGGGCUUUGAAACGUACUACGCGGACAAGUACUACGUCAAGUACAGGAGCUACGGCACUCUGGAGAUCAUUCUCGUGCAGUUCCGCUUCCGGUCGCAGAAAGAGACUGAGGCGGCCAAAGAGCUAAGGAUGACCUCAAAUUUGAUGUCCGACUUCAUGAAGAAAGUUGAACGGGAAGUAGGAGUGCCGCAAAGAGUUUUGGUUGUAAACUUGUCUACAGCCACCCAAAACCCAUACACCCUGGACAAGUACAGCGACAAGGAGUGGGAGGCGGCUAUCAGGGAGGUGGAACUGAAGGAGAUGAUGGUCAAAUACACGCAGAUGCAGAUCGUCUCGGGCCGCUUGAACCCCCAUCUGCACUACCAGCUGUUUCCAUUUCUGAUCAGCGGCUCACCCAUAGCUGGCCGUGGACCAAGUCCACUGACAUGGGAAGCUACAUCAAUGCUAGAGGUCUCUUUGAGAAGAUCCAUUAGCACUGCCAAGAAAACAGCAAAGAAGUGCCGGAAAAACUCCUCCAGGCUAUGCCGGCGCGUUCGUGAACUCCGCCGGAAGCUGGUGACCCUGCAAGCGGAAAUCCACAAGGGUCGUCUCAAUUGGGUGAAGCUGACCAAUGAGGAGAAGCGUGACUUUGCCUCGCGCUACACCGCGCGCGUGUCCACCUUCGCCAACGUCACCAAGUCGCUGUCGCAGGCCGUGCACCGCAUGAAGAAGCAGGAGAAGCUGGACAAGCUCAACACCAAGAAGCGGCGCCGCAACCAGGUGCCACUCGAUGGCGUACAGCGACUGCGACUGCGACGCAAACGCGCGCGUACCCAACGGCUGUCCAGGAGCUUUGAAUAAAACUUUCCUGCCUUCUCCUUCCCCUACCAUCCUUUGUCAAAAUGAACCAACAUUUUUCUUCCAGACAAAAAAAUUAUGGGGAUUUUUUUGGUUGUUGGAAGAGUCUUGACCCAGCUGAUAUUGUUUACCGAGGAAGCUGCUUAUUUUCAAAAACCAACUUGGUGUUGGAAAGUGAAGGUUGAUGAAACUGACUGCAUCCUUCGUAACGGAAACAGAUGGGACACAUAUGAGCUUCAUGACGGAAGAGGAUAUUAUGUCUUAUUUUGUUUGAAACAGAGCAGGGGACAAAUACAAUUUUUUUUUAUUGUUUGGAUCUGAAAGUAGCAUAGCAGUCAUCGCUUAGGUAGGGUUGCAAAUAUCUUUAGAUGAGGGACAUUCAAAAGAAAAAAAAAAAAAACCAGCAGAAAAAUCGAAAAAAACAUCGUAAAGUUUUGUGAAAUAUUAAAAAUAACAGACUUGAACAUUAAGCCAGAUAUGGCGGAUGCAGGCGCGCGCACACACACACGAGACACACACUCAAGAACUUUUGUGAACUCGUAUGCUAACACACAAAGACCAACAAUCCUUUCUGUCUUUAACGAGAAACUUGUUUUGGACCUCGCAGAGUUGUGUAAGGAAGGAAGGAACAUUAUUUAGUUUACUCUGUGCCGAGAAAGUAGUCUACUGCGCUGCAGACCACGUGUUCACUGCCACCGACCGGAAGUUGCCCAGCGAGUAAGAUAGGGCCCGACCGUAAUGGAUCCGUCCACUCGAGGUAACUUUUAUGACAUCCACCGAAGUGGAAGCACCCCUACUAACCAGUGAUGUAUGCGAAGUUUCUGUGAUGUUUGCUCUUCCUGCUGUUUAUUUAUUUUGGAAAUGAUGGGUGCUUAGAGGCAAUGCUUCUUUCCGUUUAUUUUGUAGGGCGGUAGCGGCGGAGGGAGGUCGGGGGAGAACAGUACACUGUUGUUCGCAGUUGUUUCUCGUUUCCGAGUCUACAGGAAAUAUUGAAGCUGUGUUGUAUUUACUUAUUAUCGCUGUUCGCACAAAAUACAAACAUAGACCCACGAUUUAUUUCCUUCACAAGGGUACGAACUAAAAAAUAUUUGGAUUUUACUCAAAUAGCACAACAAAAUAUUUUGUUGUUUACGUCUGUCUUAUUAACAGUUGCAAUUACUUUUGAGUUAAGGGCAGGAAUGGAGGAAAGGAGAUAGAGGGAGCGAAAAAAAAAUCAAGAGAUGGUAAAGGAGAUUACUGGUGCUUCUAGAACAGGCCUUCAUCGGGUAUGGCGCCACCCUGGUCUGCUUUACCCGACGAGGUCCAGGUCCAGACCAGCCAUGUCCAGAAAAUAAACCAGUAGAACAAAAACCCAAGGCUAUCAACCCAAGGCUGAUUAGUCGCGUAGGGAUCGGUGGGGGCUGGUUGGAUAGGGAGGGAGAAGUUUUGGGGGUAGAGAGAGGCGAUAGAGGGUGGUCCGGAAGUUAAAGGGCUGCGAAGAGGGUCGGCAAUAUACCUGUCGCGUUUGAUCAGGUGUCAGAACCUCCCUUUCCUGACACAUCUGCCAGGUGGUUUAUCUAUUUCCUGCCACUCUGCAGAGGCCGGCCUCCAUCGCCAGUAAAUCCGUGCUGCAGGUAGGGUCAAAGGUCAAAAUGGGACGCAGCCAAGUCAUCUCUCAGCUUCCCUCCUACAUAAAUAAUUGAAAAAAAAGCGAGCAUAACAAAAAGCUAAACUAAAGGUAGAUUGGCCGCCAUCCUGACCAGCAACAUUUAGUUGUCGUCCAUUUUUUUUAAAAGAAAUUUUGUCCUAAUGGCAUGCUCUCGUUUGCUCCUCGUCUCACUAUCAGUAAGGUCUUACAAUUAAGUUAAAACCUGAAAUGCGAGGUGCGUAUCUACGUGAUCUCGAGAACUCAACGAAUGAGCGAGCCCUGGCACUGCUACGUGGAGAUAAAAUGACCCCCAUGACCUAGGAACGUUCUUUUGGCCACGUGGCACUCGGUUUCUUGGCAAAUUCGAGAAAAGUCUGAAAUCGAGCAGUAAAUUCUGGGUCCGUGGGCAAGCUUCGACUCCUCCGUCGUAACAACACCACACAUAGGAUUGAGUUUCUUCUAGAUGGCUGACAGUGUUGACAGAUUGUGUUUGUCCCUUUUUCCUAACAACAUGGCUAGAUAUAAAUAUUUUUGUUUACAUUUCUGUAUAUGAAACAAUCCAUAAUGCAAUGUUAUUUGUCUCUUUUUUUAAUAUUAAUUUUCUCUUUUGGAAAUCGUAUUUACCACGCUUCAGUAACCACAAAUUUAUCAUAGCUCCGUUAACAACCACAUAAAAGCUUAUAUGAAAGCCUUAUAUGUGGUUUUGAUACUAGAGAGCCCACCCUGAACCAGAAAUGUGUAUUUUUACAGCAGGCUUGCAUAAACAUUUACAGGUGUAAACCUGUGUUUUCAGUUUCGCUUCCCGGGAACUUAAACAAGUCCAUGAGAAAUCAUGGUUGGCCUCCGCAGUUUGUCCUCCAUGGUGUACUUAAUUACUUAACUACAGAGGUGAACUGUACUAAUGAAUGUCAUAUUAAAGAAUUUUGUUAGAGUUUAAGUUUCUUAGAGGAGAAAGGUUGUGCGGAAAACAUAUUCUGAUUCUCCCAGGUCAUGAGGUCAAUAGUACAGUCUGUACUAUAAUUUCUACAGGUUUUAGUGAUGUGAUGUUGCUACAGUGAUGUAAAUGUAUAUCUUUUCAGCACAUCACAUGAUGAAGUGCUUUUUUUUUUGUUAUGUUUUUGUUAGUACACAUUUAAAAUCGAAAAUUGUUAUUCCACAUUAACACUUGUAAAAACGAUACUUGAUAAAUGUCAAGGUGUUGGUAGCUAGUCUCAUGUCCAAACUUUACUCCUCAGCACUAUAAUCAAAACAGCCUUACAUGUCUCUGUAUUUUGUAAAUGUCUCGGAAAAAACUUUAUAUGUAAUGGAAGUAAAAGAACAAAGGUAGAGAAGGUUAAAGACUUAGAACUACCUGUUGUGUACGAAACAACAGAGACACGAGGAUGAGUUUCCUGUCGACAAACUCUGUUUAGCCAGAAGCCAAAACUUCCCUCGGAAAUGAACACUUCUCAGACGAGCAGCAUCUACCCAAACAUAAGUAAUUUGUUUGGAACAGAUUAUCCUUGACAGAAGAAUCUCCAAUCUCCGUAGAGUUACUUGGUGUUCAUCUACUGAACAGUCUUUGCUUGGAAGAGAAGAUACUAAGUUUCUUCAUCAACAGGAAGUGAUGUCACCUGCUGACAGAAGCUUUGAGAUAAUACAGUGAUAUUGUCUGUCUGGUUUGUGGUCAUCUUGACUGAGGCUGUGGAUAGACAGACGAAGGAAAGAAGAGAAGAACAAGAAGUCAUGGUAGAUAUUGUCCUGGGAAUGAAGCGGGGUUCCGCGGUAGCUGUGUGGUUCCUGUAAAUGCACAAAUGUGUUCAGCACAGAACAUACUUUUAUCCCCGAGUGAUAGUCUGUGAGGAAGUGAGUGUGUGGUGUGUUCAGGGUUGGAGGUGCUGUAUGUUAGGAAAGGUUGGAGUGAAAAAGAAUCAUUACACCAUUUUGCCAUUCUCAAUAAUUUAAAAUUAGUUUUGCUUACUGUUCUACAGCUGUGUAUGUCAACAGUUAAGCGUUACACGCACAUUGACAUAAAAACCUGUAUUUUAUUAAUGGAUCGUAUGAAUUCUCAGUGUUCUUGCUUUCAAUAAAUAUAUUCUGAAUGAAAUACGACUUUUGAGACGCAAACUUUAUCAUUUUUGAAAUCCCCAAAUGUUUAUCUAGUCAUGUCUGGCUUAUUUAAUGUGUGUGAGUCUUUCCAUUUUGCAUGAAUGAAGGAUCAAACACUUUGUUAAAAUUAGCACUUGCAUAACUGUUGUGUCCUCCCCUUUUGUACACUUGUGAAUAUGGAUUCCUUGCUUAAUACAGUAAAUAAUGUGUUUUACUCUGAAACUAAAUUUUAAGAAGAGUCAGUAAAACAUCAAAUAUUAUGGCAUUUUAUGUAUAUAUGUAUCUGGGAAAUUUACAUUUUUGCCAACUUUCAUAUUUUGCGCACAGACUUUUCCCAGCUUUUGCACACAUUCAGUCUAUUAACAUUGAAAUAACAUUAUGUUUCAUAUUAUAUCUAGCUAAAAUAAAGGAAGUGUUUAAUGAUUAGUCUGUAUAUGGUUGUGUCGUUGGAAGGCACUGUAAUAUAUAUUGAGAUGUCUGAACAAAUGCUCAUAAUAAAUAUUAGAUGCGUGAA